UGAAGUCGCCUUUCAUGGAGAUCACUCGCUGUCUCUCUCUCUCUGUACACUUCACUCUUUCGCUCCGGAGAAAUGGCCGACGACAUUCGUUUCUUCGAGCUGAACACCGGUGCUAAGAUCCCGUCGAUAGGGUUGGGGACCUGGCAGUCCAGCCCUGGCGUCGUCGGCGACGCCGUUCACGCCGCCGUCAAGGCGGGGUAUCGGCAUAUUGAUUGUGCUCAAAUCUACGGCAAUGAGAAGGAGAUUGGUUUGGUUCUGAAGAAACUGUUUGAAGAUGGCGUGGUGAAGCGCGAGGAUUUGUGGAUUACCUCCAAACUCUGGAAUACUGAUCAUGCUCCAGAAGAUGUACCAGAGGCAUUGGACGGGACUCUGAGAGACUUGCAACUGGAUUAUGUUGACUUGUACCUUAUACACUGGCCAAUCCGGAUGAAGAAGGGGUCAGGAGCAAGUUUUAACCUUGAAAACUUUAUUGACCCUGAUAUCCCUGCGACUUGGAGAGCAAUGGAAACACUCUAUGAUUCGGGAAAGGCUCGAGCUAUUGGUGUAUGCAAUUUCUCCACAAAAAAGCUGUCAGAUUUGCUGGAUAUUGCACGUGUUCCUCCUGCUGUUGACCAAGUGGAGUGCCAUCCUUCGUGGCAGCAGGACAAGCUACGUUCUUUCUGUAAAUCCAAGGGAGUUCACCUUUCUUGAUAUUCACCACUGGGCUCUCCUGGAACAACAUGGAUCAAAAGUGAAGUCCUUACGAAUCCGAUUCUUGCAACAGUCGCUGAGAAAUUAGGCAAAAGUCCGGCACAAGUUGCUCUUCGUUGGGGACUGCAAAAGGGUCAUAGUGUUCUUCCCAAGAGUACCAAUGAAGCGAGGAUCAAGGAGAACAUUGAUGUGUUUGGUUGGUCCAUCCCAGAUGACUUGUUCGCCAAGUUUUCUGAAAUUGAGCAGGCAAGACUCAUCAGAUGGCUCUCACCUGUUCAUCAUACUUCUGGUCCGUACAGGAGUUUAGAGGAAUUCUGGGACGGUGAAAUCUAGAUUCUAGAAAGGUUGAUGAACCUUUAAGUGGUCUGCUACAUGUAAUGUAAUAGUAACUUAAUAUUAAAGAAUAAUGUAGAUUGUGAUAUGUAACGUAAUAAGAAUGUAACAUAAGAGAAUAUCGUUGAUUGUGAUUUGCCUUUACAUCAACUUCGGCUUCUUCAAAUACAUA